UGUGAAACGUCUACAUUAUGCUUAAAAGUUAAACCGUCAAUGUUUAAUGAAACGUUUUGAAAAUCCAGCUUAAAGUUAUUCUCCUAAACUGCAGUCAUGGCAACAGAUGAGAAGAAACCAGACACUGAAACAAAUAAAACACAUUCAUCAUCGGCAUCAUGCACAAAGCAAAUGAAGCCAAACUAUACACCUAAGUUCACACUGGCAGGUCACACAAAAGCUAUAUCAUCUGUCAAGUUCAGCCCAAAUGGUGAAUGGCUGGCCAGCUCAUCUGCUGAUAAACUUAUCAAAAUAUGGGGCGCAUAUGAUGGGAAAUUCGAGAAGUCUUUAUCUGGACAUAAACUUGGAAUUUCAGAUGUAGCAUGGUCCUCAGACUCAAAUCUUUUGGUGUCUGCAUCAGACGACAAGACAUUAAAAAUCUGGGACAUUAGCACAGGGAAAUAUCUGAAGACACUUAAAGGCCACAGCAACUAUGUGUUUUGUUGUAACUUUAACCCCCAAUCGAAUCUGGUUGUAUCUGGAUCAUUUGAUGAAAGUGUGAGAAUUUGGGAUGUAAAGACAGGAAAGUGUUUGAAGACCCUCCCGGCUCACUCUGACCCUGUAUCUGCUGUGCACUUCAACAGAGAUGGUUCUCUAAUAGUGUCCUGUAGCUAUGAUGGACUUUGCCGAAUGUGGGACUCUGCUUCAGGGCAGUGUCUGAAGACACUUAUUGAUGAUGAUAACCCACCAGUCUCAUUUGUCAAGUUUUCGCCCAAUGGGAAAUAUAUACUGGCGGGUACACUGGAUAACACAUUAAAGCUCUGGGAUUACAGUAAAGGAAAGUGUCUCAAGACUUACACUGGACAUAAAAAUGAGAAAUACUGUGUGUUUGCCAAUUUCUCUGUCACUGGUGGCAAAUGGAUUGUGUCAGGCUCUGAAGACCACAUGGUGUACAUCUGGAACCUUCAAACCAAAGAAAUAGUACAGAAAUUACAGGGUCAUACAGAUGUGGUGAUUGCGACAGCCUGCCAUCCUACAGAGAACCUCAUAGCUUCUGCAGCUCUGGAAAAUGACAAGACCAUCAAACUGUGGAAGAGUGAUUGCUAAGCACAGGAGCAUUUAAUAGACUUCUCUUAUACAGCUGUACUCUAAGGUAUUUCAGUAUCGUAUCCUUAUGGUAGUAAGGCUAGAUAUCUUAGACCUUCCCAUAAUGACUAGCUUUACUAGUUAACUAAUCUAACAGGAAACUUUUAUUUAGAUGAAGCGUACAUAAACACAAAUGAUAGGAGAUAUUCAGCUAAUCAGGUGGCUGGCAGGUGGGUUUUUUUUUUUUGCACAGCCUUGUCCCAAAAACUGUACUUUCUAAGCAGGAUGCAUAGAUCCUAAGGAGUCGUAUAGUAACAUGCAUUAUUUUGUUGCAGUACAUCAAAAACAGCUGAUUUCCCAUGAUCUGCAUGUAGCGUUGUAUUUGAAUAGUUGCCGCACUUUAUGUUGUGCUGACAUUUUGUUUAUUCAGCUUUAUGAUUGGUCAUUGUCUGUAGUUUCGCCUCAUUACCAAAUACAUAUUUGAAGGGAACAAAACCUUUUUUUUUUAAGUAAAAGACAAUAAGCUUAACUGACCCUGUAGUGUCUAUAAAUAAAUAUUUAAUGUUAAGAAGCAACCAACACAGUCUACAGCUGAGACAAGCUUCUCCAUGCUGCAUGCUUAACACACAUGAAUUCAUCCCCUUUAUUUGAUAUACACAGAUGAGUCGAAACAUUAGGACCACUAGCUUCAUAUGCUGUCAGGAUACUACACAUAUAAGUCCUGUGGGAUCUGAUAGCAUUACCUGUAGGAUCAUUACCCCCAGGUCUUUAAACUUCUGUACGUUCCAAGGUAGAUCGUCCUUCUGUCUAUCCUGGUAUCAUCUCCUGCCUAGACAUCCACGGUGUCUUGCCAAAAAUGAAAUUUGUUGGAUUACUCGACCUUCUUUCAUUGCUUUGAUGUCUGGAGUGUCCAUUGUAGGUGCUUCCGUGGUGGACAGGAGUUAGCAUAAGUACUUUGACUGACCUGUGACUAUGCAGCCACAUACACAGAAGGCAAUGCACUGUGUGUUGUAAUACAUUUACCUCAUCAAAGGUAUUAAAAUGAUCUGGCUAUUCAUUCAAUCAUGGGAAGGUCUAAAGAGCUCUGUGGUGCAGGGUUGAUUUAGAGAGAUGGGCUGGCCCAGUCUGCUCUGAUUACUGACACUACAAUGUUCCCUGUUAAUGACUUGUUGUUAAUUGUUUUUUUUCCUGCUUUAGGACUUAUUUCUGCACCAUUUGUUGUUAGACUUUGACAGAAGAACAGCUAAGUUCUAUGAUUGCUGUAUGGUUGAAAUGAGCUAAAUUUAAGAAAUAUAAUUAUUUUAGUUUUCUUUCAGUAAAUGAUGAAGUAUAUGAAUAAUUAAGUAUUUAUCUAAUCACUUGUAAGUCAUACGCACUGAAAAAUACAGGACUUUUUAUGUUUUGAUUUUUAUUUAUAAACUUAUAUAUAAGAUAUAUAAGUUAUUAGGUUACCCUGGGAACUCAAUACAGUUUAUGCAUAUUGCAAGAUUUCUUUUAUUAUUAUGUUGGUUAUUUGAUGAUUUGUUAUGUUUAUGCAGUUUGGUUUAGUGUCUCUUGUUAUAUCUGGUUUAAUGAAAGUAUAUACGUCUUAAAGAUGAAGUAUAUUUUAAUACAUACAUUGAACACAUCUAAUUUACCAGUAUAUUAGGUAUACUCAUUUUUUUAUUUAUUUUUUAUCAGAUAUAUGUAACAUAUACUAUGAAGGUGCUCUUUGUAGGUGUUCUGUUACUGACUGUUAUCAGUAUCGAGCUGUUAUUCAACCUUGUAUGGAGUGCUGUAGGGGGAAAAUGUUCUUUAAUGGGAUGGUUGUGUCAGGAAGGAUAUCCGGCAUAAAAACUGUAACAAGUCUGGUAUGAGGACCAAAUCCUCUUUGGUGAC